UUGCGGCACUGCUUUGAGUUACGAGUCGAGAGAGGAGACAAAAGGUGUCUCCACCUAGUGCCUUUCUUUGCUAUUGAUAGAUAUAGAGAGAGGAGAUUGCAAAGAGGUGGUGCUGGAGGGGCUGGCGGAUGAGGAUGGAGGAGAAGGCCUUGCUUGGCAUAAACAGCAUCAAGCCCUACCUGGAUAAGCUCACUUUGGGGGUGACCCGCGUUUUAGAAGCUUCUCCAGGAGUUACUGAGGUGACAUUUGUCGAAAAGGAGCCUGCUGAGCGCCAUGCCAUUGUUUCAUGGGAGCAGAAAAACGCCUGUGUGCUGCCCGAGGAUUUAAAGAAUUUCUACCUGAUGACGGAUGGUUUCCACAUGACAUGGAGUGUAAAGUUUGACGAUAAUCCCAUGCCUCUGGGCUCUAUGACCAUCAACAGCAUCUCCAAGCUGAACCGACUUGGAGCAUCGUCCGUCUACACCUUGCCCAACGCCCCCACACUCGCUGACUUGGAGGAUACCAACAAGGAAGGAGGUCACAAGGACCAGCCAGAGAAACCUCACUUGGACUCUCGUAGUCUGAUGUUUGAGUUAGACCCGUGCGGAGGGAACGGGAAGGUCUGCCUUGUGUACAAGAACACCAAACCGGUUGUCACCCCAGAUUCCGAGAUCUGGUUUCUGGACCGAGCCCUGUACUGGCAUUUUCUCACCAAAACCUUCACCUCCUACUACCGGCUCCUGAUCACCCAUCUCGGGCUCCCGCAAUGGCAAUACGCUUUCACCAGCUAUGGAGUCAGCCCCCAGGCUAAGCAAUGGUUCAACAUGUACAAACCCAUCACCAUCAACACAGAGCAGCUCUCGGAGGAGUCCGAUUCAUUCGUCAACAAGCUGGACCCUAACAAGGUUUUCCGAACCAAAAGCAAAACGCCGGUCAUGAAGAAGAAGCUGCCGCCCCAGCCCCCCUCCUCCCAGAAAGGGCAAACGGGGACAGCCUCCAAGAACCCACCGCUGGCUGGAAGCUCAUUGAGGAGGCGAGAAGCCCCCCAGCUCUGACUUCCCUUUGUCCUUCCAGGCUGUGGCGCCCCAUGACGGCAGUGGCACGUCCCCUAGGAAAAGGCUGCCAAGUGCAGGGCCAGUUCUGCAUCAUGCAGGACAGGACCAAGAUAUGUUUAUUUUAUAAAGUAUUUAUUGAAGAAGA